GGCUUACUACUACCCGCACACCCCCACGGCACGACGUAGCAACAUGUGAGUGUUGUAGUGCUGCCUGACAAGGUACUUGAUGGCGAUCUUCUCUUCUUUUUCCAAGAAGUGCAGGAUUUGUUUUUAACCUGCCCGUCUCACGAGUCCGGAUCUAGAAGAUUGGGAAAUUGAGAAUGAAACACAACAGCAAAGAGCAUUCCCAGCCACCAAACAAUAAACUGCCGGAGCCUAGCUUCAAUGUACAGAUUGAGUUGCAAGAUGGACAGUCAUUGAAAGGUGUGGAUGAAUGCAAUGCCCUUGUUCUCCCAGCGGCAAAACCAAAGAAACGCAAAGUCCAACAAACAGCUACGCCAAAAAAGGCUCCCCUCACUAAAAAACAAAGGAAACUCCUACAAAAGGUGUUGGAGAAAAAGGAAAAAAAAUCUCAGCGGGCAGAUAUCCUAGAAAAAUUAGCUGCUGUUCAAGCCACUGAAGCAGAGAUGAAGCUCCUGUUCACCACCUCCAAACUGGGAACUGGCAAACGUCUUUAUCACACCAAACUACUUGAUGAGGAAAAAGAAACUGAAGGGCCAGCCAAAAUCAGUAGUGUUAGUGGAGCGAACCGAAAACGAAGAUGGAGAAAAGAAGAUGAGGAGGAGUGCACUGUAGCAUCGGAGAGCAGUACAACAUCUGAUAGCUCUGAUGAUGAAGAAAUGCAAGAAGACAGACAGGUUGAGACUAUCACCCAAGCAAUUGAAGUAGUUGAAGAAAAGACAAAGGAAAGUGUUAAUUUUCAAAAGGAAAGCCCACCUGAUGGAUCAGGAAAAUCAACACUAUUAAACCUGCCUUCAGUGAAAGCACCUUCAGAUCCUGCUGUUUUUGUCCCUGUGGAUAGGCUGCCAGAAAUCGAGGUUGCUCGGCUGAAGCUUCCUAUUCUGUCUGAGGAACAGGUUAUCAUGGAAGCUAUUAAGGAGAACAUGGUUGUAGUUCUCUGUGGGGAGACUGGAAGUGGUAAGACAACCCAGGUACCACAAUUCCUGUAUGAAGCUGGCUAUGCAAGGAGUGAUAAAAUCAUCUGCAUCACAGAACCACGGCGUGUUGCAGCAGUGAGCAUGUCUGAAAGAGUGGCCAGGGAAAUGAACCUUUCAAACAGGAUAGUUUCAUAUCAAAUCCGAUAUGAAGGAAAUGUUACAAGUGAUACAAAAAUCAAAUUUCUCACAGAUGGAGUUUUGCUGAAAGAGAUCCAAAAGGAUUUCUUGCUCACAAAAUACAGUGUUGUAAUUAUCGAUGAGGCUCACGAGCGAAGUGUAUAUACAGAUAUUUUAAUUGGUCUCCUCUCUCGAAUUGUGCCCCUUCGUAAUAAGAAAGGGCAGCCCUUAAAGCUUAUCAUUAUGUCUGCUACGCUCCGGGUUGAGGACUUCACAGAGAAUACUCUCCUCUUUCCUACUCCACCCCCUGUUAUAAAGAUUGAUGCCCGGCAGUUUCCAGUCACUAUUCACUUCAAUAAGCGCACUCCCAUUGAGGACUAUGUUGGUGAGACUUUCAGGAAGAUCAGCAAGAUCCAUCGUAUGUUGCCACCAGGUGGCAUCUUAGUGUUUUUGACAGGGCAGGCAGAGGUGCACUCACUGUGCAGGAGGCUGCGGAGGGCCUUCCCUUUCAAACCAAACAAAAAACCUGAAGAGAUGGAUGAAUCAGAAGAGCCUAUUUUAGAGAGAAAGAAGCUGAAGAGGACAAAACAAAUGAAGGUCAUGACUAUGCCAAAGAUCAAUCUUGAUAACUACUCGGCUCUUCCUGUGGAUGAGGGAGAUGAGGACAGGGAUGCUGGCAUUGAUGAUGAAGAGGACCUGCCUGAUUCAGAUCUUGAUCUUGAUAUUGGAGAUGACGACACCGGUGAAGAAGGUAUGAAGCCGGACCCUACUCUGCCCCUCUAUGUUCUGCCUCUAUACUCCCUAUUGGCCCCAGAAAAGCAGGCCAAGGUGUUUCGCCCACCACCUCCUGAUACAAGGCUGUGUGUUGUUGCCACCAAUGUAGCUGAAACAUCCCUCACUAUCCCAAGGAUCAAGUAUGUGGUGGACUGUGGGAAAGUGAAAAAGAGAUAUUACGAUAGAGUCACUGGAGUAUCCUCUUUCAAAGUCACUUGGACCUCCCAGGCCUCGGCCAAUCAGAGAGCUGGGCGAGCUGGCCGCACUGAGCCUGGCCACUGCUAUAGACUGUAUUCAUCUGCAGUCUUUGGUGACUUUGAGAAAUUUACACAGGCAGAGAUCACGCGGCGACCAGUGGAUGAUCUUGUUCUUCAGAUGAAGGACUUGAACAUUGAAAAGGUAAUAAACUUUCCGUUCCCAACCCGGCCCUCAUCCGAAGUGUUGAUAGCUGCUGAGGAGCUGCUUAUUGGUCUGGGUGCAUUGGAAGAACCUGCAAAGUCUGGCAGGCACCAGGAGCUGGAGCGAGCAAAACUAAGCUGUCCUAUCACCCACUUGGGCAGAGUAAUGGCUGCCUUUCCUGUUGCUCCUCGCUAUGCUAAAAUGUUGGCACUUGGCCGCCAACAUGACUGCCUGCCUUAUGUCAUCACUAUAGUGUCUGCUAUGACAGUGAGGGAGAUCUUUGAUGAAUUUGACAGACCAGUUAUUAGUGAAGAGGAGAAGGAAAAGCUCACAGGGAAGAAAGCCAGAGUAUUGCAAAUGAGAUGCAUUUGGGCUGGUCAGGGAAACUCUCUGCAACUUGGUGAUAUAAUGGUGAUGCUAGGUGCAGUGGGAGCCUGCGAGUUUGCUGGCUGUACAUCCAAAUUCUGCAGUGAUAAUGGACUUCGGUAUAAAGCUAUGGUAGAGAUCCGCAGGCUGCGGGGGCAGCUCACAAAUGCUGUGAAUUCAGUGUGUUCCGAUGCCAAGCUGUUUGUUGAUCCUAAGAUGAAGCCUCCAACGGAUUUACAGGUGACAUACCUGAGGCAGAUCAUUUUGGCAGGACUAGGUGAUCAUGUUGCAAGGAGGAUCAGUACAGAAGAGUUAUUGGAUGUCAAAUGGAAAAAUGGUUAUAAGACUCCCCUCCUGGAUGAGCCUGUAUUCAUACAUCCCAAUUCUGUGCUCUUCAAAGAGCUACCAGAGUUUGUUGUCUAUCAAGAGAUAAUUGAAACUUCAAAGAUGUACAUGAAAGGUGUAUCUGUUCUGCAGCCAGAGUGGAUCCCCGUUCUUCUUCCUCAGUAUUGCCAUUUUGGAAAGCCUCUGGAAACACCUGGCCCAUCUUACUGUAAAGAGACAGGAAAAGUGAAGUGUCACAGGGAAAGCACAUUCUACCGAAUAGGAUGGCAGCUUCCGGCAGUGGAGGUGGACUACCCCCAAGGGUUGGAUAAAUACAAACAUUUUGCCAAAUAUUUCUUGGAAGGUGAGGUUUGUUCCAAACUACUGCCUUUCAGAAGUUGCUUGCUAUCUAGUCCAUCCACCAUGUUAAAGAGUUGGGCAAAGCUGCAGCCUCGAACUGAGGUUCUCUUAACAACGCUAGUCUCAAAAGAAGCAGACUGCAGGGAGAAUUUAAUUGCCGCCUGGAAACAAAAUCCAAAGUAUUUGUUGACUGCUUAUUGCCAGUGGCUUCCUGAAGUCACACAUAAAAAAGUGGCGGAGCUUUGGCCUCCCUUAUAAUGGCCUUCUAGAAAAAAAAAAGGAAAGUGUUAACUGAACUUUUAAAAGUCCCUACACAACCCAGGGAGGACUUCCAAAUGAAAUAUGCCUUUAUAUUGAUGGAUGCUGAUAAAAUCAUCUGAAGAGCAUAUUGGAUGGAGAGUGGAAUGGGGCCUCAGUCUGGAUCGUCUCUCGCUCUUUGAUUUGUAACAGGCAGGGAGGGACAUGGCUUAAAGAGCUGAUGGCUUUUUCAUAAAUAAUCCUGAUACUUUUUUUUUUUUUUAAGUAUCUGUAACAUGUACUUUGAUAUCAUGGCUAUCAAUCUUGAUGACACUUCUCUAUGAAGUUUUAUGAAAACUGAAAUGUUUCACUUGCAUUCAAGUGAUGGGGGUUCAGUGUAACAGUGAGUAUUUUGGAGAAGAAGCGGUUUCAUUUUUUUAAUCAUUAAUAAACACAAUCUACUACACUCUGCUUUGGGAAGAUAUGUGACUGUUUUAGUCAGUCAGUUAGUUAUGGUUUUACUAUGUUUCCUUCUUAUUUUAAGCCAAUUUGCUCAAGUGUUUUAAUUUAAUGCAGAAAAGUAUUAAUCCGUGCCUCAGGGUGAGGUGUUGUUCUAUCGCCUAACAAGAAAAGAUAAAGUUUUUGUAUUUACAUAACCCAGGUUUUGCACAUUGAAUAGAAAAUUGUCACUGACUCCAUAACCAAGACUAACAUGGUGGCCAUAACCAUAUAAUACCUCAAUUCCACCUUCUUAUAUUUAAAAUAAAAGUUAUAAUCUGUGUGU